GGAGUGUACCUAGUUAUAUUCCAUCAGACUAUCCCAUUAUCACAUAUGAGAUAGGGUAUCAUGCCUUACAGUCUGGUAAUUGUUUGAUGGCAUAUGAUGAUGAGUACAUAAAUACUGAAAUAUUGCAACUUUAUAAUUCAACCAAUGGCAAUACAUUUAUUAACAUUAGUGGUCUAAAUGAUAUGUCUUACUUUAUUUUUGGUGUACGUGCCUACACUAGUAAUGGAUAUGGAGAUUGGACAGUUAUUGUUAAUGAGACACUAAAACUACCACCACAACAAACAUGUAGCUGUUCAUCAAUCAGUGAUACAACUGUUAGUGUUAUUGCUCUUGGUGUGUUUGUAGCUGUAUUGUCGAUUCUACUAAUUGUCAGUGUCAUUUUCAAUAUCUGCUGCUUUAUGAAGAAGAAAAGUCUAUUUACUACUAAUAAAUUUAUUCACUAUUAUCAUAGAGCUGAUGAUAAUAUUGCAAUGCAAGUAUGUGAACCAUAUGAAGUUCACAGGACUAAACUUAAGAAAAAGCAGACAAAAGUUGAUGAUGAUAUUGCAAUGCGAGUUUGUGAACCAUAUGAAGUUCACAAAACAAAACUAAAUGAACAAAAUGCAAGAGUCUAUGAUGAAUGUCAAGCAUCACCUGAUGUUGUUGUUUAUGAACGUAUACCACAAUAAAUGUGCUACAACAAGUUAAUACUGUUGAGUAACUGUUAAAACAUUUCCAUUAGCAGUAGUAUAGCAAUACUUAUAUAGUUUGUGUGAAAAGGUGUUUAGUUUUAUGAGUAUAGCUUUGACUCAGCAAAUUACA